GUGUUUUCAUAAAAGUGGUCCAACAUCCUCAGAAUGUUUGUGCAGGACGCGCUCUGUUGUGGUUUGGCGUUAAGUUUCCAAACGCAACCGUAAGGACUGUCUUGCAACGGACGGGUGGUUGCCUAGGAAACGGAUAAACAUACACGAAUUGGUUGGUACGCACCCAUCCGGUCCCGUUUGCUGGUGGAAGCUAGUUGUAAAAGGUUCGUUUUCCUGUAAUGGUCGACACGGCCAUCCGUUUUGCCUGUGGCGCUGUACGUUUGAGUGUUAGGAGCGUAAUCGACCGUAGAAAAAUGAAAACAGUGUAACAAAGUUUUAUUGGUUGUGCUAAAGUGUGUCUGCGUCGUAGGUGCCUUAGAUGGGUGCAGCGAAAAGUGGAGUGAAAAUCUUAUAUGCUACCCGUGGAAAAUGUGAAAAAGUGAGUUGUUUUACAAGAAAAAAAGUAAAAGUUUGUUGGAAAAUAUCAAUAAGCAAUACAUGCAUGUUUGCCGAAAGUGAAGUGAAUUGGCACAGCAGAACCGUUUGACCGGUUUGUCGUCUUGCUGGCCUCGUUCCGUUAUAUCCAAUUCCAUCUGCACGUUGCGUCUGUGAAGUAUCGCGUUUCAUGGCUACCCUACGGAUCACUUUUCAUCACACGUUGCUGCUCAUGGUGUUCCUUCUGGCCAAUUAUGAUGCAUACCAACAACUGGAAAAAAAGGUCUUCACGGCUCAGGUUGAAGAAAAACGUUACUGAGUGUUAGUUUUCCAAGGCAAAGUAUGAUUGAAGUUGCAGCACAUACACACAGGGAGAAAAAAAAAACAACUUUACUCAGCGUGUGGCGAAAAACGAGGUCAAACACAACCGAUGGCGCUCUCCUGUCGGGCGUGAAGGAUUCGCACGGCAAGCGUAGCCAUGGUCCUGUGAGGAUUCGUAUUAUUCUUGACAAUAUCGAUGGGCGAUUGUGUAGGUGUAGAGUGUCGAAGAAAACACACACACACACUCACAAAAAACAAAGUUUUUCUCAGGCUCACUAAUUGGCGGAAAAGUUCGACGGCACAGAAGGGCGGCACGUUUGCCUGGGUUGGGUACAACGCACCGUCGAGUGUAAUGUUUGGCAUGCGAAUGUUUUGAUAGCAAGUUGCGUGAUAUUUUGUGGGUUAAAAGGUUAAUGGUGUCGCUUGGCUAGCCCACAUUGGGGGUCCAGUUUUGGGCAAAUUAUUAUACUAUUUAUCAAUUUCUUGAUUUUUCUUUAUACAGUUCAUUAGGAAAUUAGGAGUUCGAGAGUAUCGGUCUAUAAUGUUUCUUGGCUUAAUUUUACCCAUAGUCGGAUAGCUAGUUCUGCGUAUGGGGAGACUGUCCGGUUGGUGGGAAUUCGAUCCACUGGUAUCGCGUGGGAAAAUGUAAGAAGCUUGCGCCCAGUAUAGGUUUCACGUAGUCAUUCACUGACAAAACAACGCUUAUCUUUCAGCGAGCAUCUACCGGCCUAUGAUAGGGUACGUGCUUAUCGCUGUUUCGUGACGCAGCGAAAGAUGGGUGUUCCUGACCUUCCUGAAGGUUCAAAUUAGGUUUGGUUGUUGACCAGAAUAUCAUCGUACGCUAUCAAUAGUUUAGCGGCCGGCGUUGAUAGUUAAUCGAUCGCGUAUUCAAUUUUUGUGAGCUUUUAUCGUUAGCUACGCAAGUCACUUUCCUGGUGCGUGAUUUAUGCCAGUACAAGAUAAGCUAGAAAUUUUACUGGAAAGUAUUUAGACUUGAACUUUAGACUUGAAAAUAUUAUUAGUAUAAUGCCUUCUAAUAAAAUUCCGUGAUCCAGUUCACUUCUCCAAUGAUAUAAACAAACCCCGUGAAAUAGUUGUUUUGUUUGCUCUACUGUUGGAUGUUUUGCAGUACACCAUAUUUAUUGAUUCCAGCUACCGUGCUUUAACUCAAUCAAUAAUUCAACCCCAAACUCUGAAGGUUUCCCAUUGACCGGACGUUUCCUUGGAGAGAUGCAAACACAGUUGCACCCAGUAUUUAUUGUCCGGCGAGCGAAUAAAUUGGUGUCUUGUUAGUGAUACGGGUGACAGCGCUAGAAAGGUCAGUUCCGAGAAAAAAAGGGGACCUAGUUGAAAAACUAUAACUGCCCCACGUACAAGUGCAAUGAUGAGUACCACGAAUGCCAUAAGGAACGGAACUGAACCUGGCACUGGCGAGUAUCGCUGGUGAGCUUAAAGUUGCUUCGUACUACAAGUGUUUGUGAAGAAAAACAGACUACGAAAAGGAUGUCCCAAGUGGUGGUGUAUUGUUUGGUACUGGUUUAAUGUUGGGCAGGCAACGGUUUUGGAUCCUUGUGGCGCGCAUCCACUUUUGCCUGGAAUGUGACGGUGCUGGUGGCACCGGGUAGAACAACGGUUGUACAGCAAGACACGGUCCAGCCAUGAAUCGAUACCUGACGCUCAGCCAACUGGGAGACGGUACGUACGGUACCGUUGUCCUUGGCCAGCGGAAGGACACCGGCGAAAAGGUCGCCAUCAAGCGCAUGAAGCGGAAAUAUUACUCCUGGGAGGAAGCCAUGAGCCUGCGGGAGGUGAAGUCGCUGAAGAAACUUUCCCAUGCCAACGUGGUGAAGCUGAAGGAGGUGAUACGGGAGAACGACGUGCUGUACUUUGUGUUCGAGUACAUGCAGGAAAACCUGUACCAGCUGAUCAAGGACCGCGAUACCCACUUUCCGGAAGCGACCGUAAGACUGAUACUGCAGCAAAUUCUGACCGGGCUGGCGUUUAUGCACCGGCACGGCUUCUUCCAUCGGGACCUGAAACCGGAGAACGUGCUGUGCAGUGGACCGGAAAUGGUGAAAAUAGCCGACUUUGGGCUGGCCCGGGAGAUACGGUCCCGGCCACCGUACACGGACUACGUUUCCACCAGAUGGUAUCGUGCACCAGAAGUGCUUCUACAUUCUACACGCUACGGUAGCUCCAUAGAUCUCUGGGCGGUGGGAUGUAUAAUGGCAGAAUUAUACACCUUUCGGCCACUGUUUCCGGGCUCGAGCGAGGUGGAUCAGCUGUUUAAGAUAUGUUCAGUACUGGGCACACCGGACAAGUCCGAUUGGGCCGACGGGCACAAACUUGCCGCAACGAUACAGUUUCGGUUUCCGGAGUGUCCAAAAAUACCGUUGGCUACCCUGGUGACACGUGCCAGCAGCGCUGGCAUACAGCUGCUGGAGGAUUUGCUCCAGUGGGAACCGGAGAAGCGACCGACCGCACAGCAAUCGAUGAAGUAUCCGUACUUUAGCACAGGGAAAGCCCGAAACUCUGCGAACGGUUUAACACAACACAAUCAACCAUCGCACAAUAGUAACGCCAACGGUGGCCCUGCACUCGCCGUACCAAAUGCUCGAUUGUCAAUCAUGGAACUAGCGUCCAACACGAGGAAUGUGCGCGAUACGAAUGGAGCUAAUGGCAACUACAAUCCAAUUAGCAACAACGAACUGAACGACCUAAACUCCAUGCUAAGCCUAUCGCGCGUGUCGGAGACGACUGUCGACCGGACGACUCAGCAAACACAGCCGACCCAAGCCAGUCAGCAGGCGUACACCGAAGAUGAGAAGGAAGCUACAGGUAAGCUGCAGAGUGGGAUUAACUAUAGUCUGCUCAACGAGAUGCUCAACGGGUACAGUGUGGGAAUUGCGCCUUCGGUUCCCACGAAUGGGCAGGGCAUGGCGAGGAUACUCCGCAAUGGAGCAUCGAACACAUUCAGCAAGUCGAACGUUGCCUACGACGCCAGCAACAUGGUAGCCGAUGUGGAUAAGGUGACGAAUGAUAAGGGUGCGGGAUCGGUCGUCAGCUAUGCCAUCAUUAAACCUGCCGUGGUGCGUAUUGACGACAACCGAUUGGCGGAUGUGUCCAUACCGCUGGCCGACGGAAUCGGAGGUCGGAAGGAGAAGGUGAACGAUAUUUUUGUGACUCGAAACACUGACUAUCAGCACAACCACCACCACGGAAGCGGACAAGGCGUCACGAAGGCCACGAACGGACAUCGCAUACUUCCGGUGGUUGAUAGUGACGAUUCGAGCUACUUCGGAAGCGGAUUCUAUUUGCAUAAGAAAAGCUCUGGCCACACGUUGAAGAACGGAAGCUCGGCAGUAAGCAUGGGCGGUGGCAGUGACGGUGGAGGGGUAGGAGUCGGCCGAAGGGCCGCAGGCAGUGGAGCAUUUAAUGGUAGCUUUCUGAACGACAGCAAGGUGUACAACGCAUUCUCAAAACAACCUAUGCUCUUGACGCGGAAAACAGAUGAGGAUCUGAAGGUGUACCGAAACCGCAACGGGCCGCUGGACCGAACCAUUCACGGGCAUUUUAGCAAGAGCUGGGAACCAACGCAUCAUCUUGGGGAAGGCCGGGCGGAUGAUUCAUUGGAUGAAAUUUUGGGAAGCCGGGUUAAGGCAUCCAAGAAGCCUGCGAACGACUUUAAGCUAGAGGAUCUGUUCGGUGCACUGUCGUUCAGCAAGGAUUCAACGACGGCAAAGUACCCGAACACGGUUCCGUUCGCCAAGAGUUCUACGAAAAACAUCGGUGCCAGCGGAGCGAUAGCGGACAUUUUCGACAAUUCUGAAGCUAAACCAUCCCAUUCUAGUGCAAACGUGAUGCCGCGGCGCAAGAAUCAGCAGCAAGUAUUCGUAUCGGACACAAGCAACUUGAGCACGGAAAAGUUUAGCGGCAUUAAUGCCUCGUUUAAGUUGUUCCCAUGGGAUGAUGUACCGAAGAAUGGUGUAGAAAAGAAGCAGUGGAUUCCCGACAAUGGGGUUUUGACGUACGUUGGCGCCGGUAACAACGAGCACACGGGACGAACGGAUUGGGCCGCAAAGUACCUGAGCAAAUAAGGAAGCGGGAUGUGGUCGGUUGCACAUCGCUUAGCAUUAUAGGAUUCGUUCUUGUUUUGUCUAGCAACCUAUCUGUGAUAGAUCAGCGUAACUUUAGACAAUUGUGGCAGUUGUUAUGAUGUUAGUUUGUUUAGUUUUUGUUUAAGGUUACAUAGAUAUAGGCACUGUAAUUAAAAAGGACGAUUCAAUAUCCUGAGUUCGCUGAUUGAACUAGCUGGUAGAAUGAAUAAAACAACCAACUUUUC